AUGAUGGACUCGCUAUCCUCCAAGAGCUCAUCUGUGCGGAAAAUAGGACUGGACAACGUUGAGCUAUCAUGGCCUUGGAUCAUUCUCGCUGUAGCCCUUAUGCUAACGAUUGCGCACACUCUACGAGUGGUAUAUCAACCUGGUCUGCGGGUGUUACCUGGUCAUUGGUUGACUUCGUUUUCCCGAUUGUACAAGAUCUAUCUGGUUUAUGAUGGUCGUUGCCCUGAAAAACAGCGGGCCAUGCACCAGAAGUAUGCAUUCGAUGUCAUUGGUUGCAUUACAUUCCAGUCAAGAGUCGGCUUCAUGGAGCAACGAAAAGACAUAGCGGACAUGAUUGCCGUUAUUGGAAAGGUCCUUAUGUACGGCGCAGUCAUUGGACAAGUCCCUCAGUUGCAGUCAGGGCCAUUCCGAUUAAACUUCUCCAUCAACCAUCGCUAA